AUGUUAGAGAUUGACUCCAACAUUUCAAGAAACCAGCAGACACAGUUUCUUGCAGUUAUCGACAGAAAACAUUUAUUCACAAGUGAUCUACUGUGCAUUUUUCUGAAAGAUUACAUGAGAACAUGUUCUGCUCAUGAUAUCCUAAAAUUGGAAAGUGAGUUUUACCGAAUAUUAUUCUACUCGGAAAGGUUCAUUAUACUGACUGUUAGCAAUAGCAGUUGUUUGAAACUUUCGGGAAUUUGA